AGGUCUUAUGUUAAGAAACUCAUGUCCAAGUUUGUUACCACAACUGCAAUAAAAAAUGCUGAUGUGUGUGAAGUUGAGUAUAAAGACAAACAGAACCAGGUGGCAGAUCACAAGCUUAAUGUUGGCUGGACAACAAGAACAACCCUCAACCGUCUGCAUGAAGCUGGUGAGAUCAGUCAGUACCAGGUAGACAACUUCCACAAGGCUGUGAGGGCAUUCUUUGUUGCAGCUGUUGACUAUGCCUUUAAGAAGCUGCCCUUCAAGGAGCCAGUCCUUGAACAUUCACAGUUCAUUGACUUUCAACAGAAGAUGGACUGUGAUGUGAAUGAUGCCCUAUACUUUGUGUACAGGUUUAGUCAUCUGCUUCCGUAUGGAGAUCCCAAAGAACAGGACAAGUUGAGUGAUGAGUUCCUGGACUAUCAAUUUAUGGAGGAAACGGACAUUCCCAGAAGCAUUUGGGAGCAGGCGGUGAGCAGAGUCAGUGAGCAGGAGGUGUGCCACAGGAUGGAUAAGGUGUGGGCACACAUGGCCACAAUCAAGAGUCCAGUAACAGGAAUGCCUAAGCUACCCAUGCUGAGCAAGGUGGCACAACUAAUUCUAACCCUGCCACACUCUAAUGCUGAUGCAGAAAGAGUUUUUUCAAUGAUUGGACUAAACAAGACUGACACAUGGAAUGCUCUGGCCUUGGAAGGCACACUGUCCUCUAUAAUGACAAUAAAGAUGUCUGGUAUGGAGCCCAACUGCUUCAAGUAUGAGCCCCCAGCAGAAGUAAUCAAGGCCUCCAAGUCAGCUGCUUCCAGCUACAACCGUGAACGUGCAGCAGCUUCAAAUGCUGGCUCAGAAUGCACCUAAGGUAAUGAUUUUCCAUCUUUUAAAAAAAAAAUGUCUAUUUGUUUUGCAACUAAGUCACUCACAGCACUUCACCGCGCGCUAAAAUUGUACUUUUUCAAAAGUCUCACUCAAACAGUUUCCUAA